CAUUCCCUCUCCUCCGGUGAGCAGCCACUCCGAACCUUCAACCAAAUCGGGAAGCAUACACCGUCACGAUGUCCCCAGGUUCCUUCCUCCCUUACUUGCACGGACAGAAGUUCAAUAUACGGAGAUUCCUCCUCUUUUUUUGCUUCCCCUCUUAUCCAAUGAUCACUCACCUGCAGAUCUUAUCUCGUAUCUUGCAAUCCACCUGCAGCUGCACCUGCAUUCUCGUGGGAAUCUGGAUAACGACGUAGUAUGGCAGCGCCCACCCCCCCGGGAUUCACGCCGUGAAACCAAAGCCACUAACAUCAAGCAAGCCCGGCACUCCUCUUCAAAUCUCCUCAGAAGACCAGUUUAAUAUAUUCCCACAUUUGCAACAAAGACUCUUGCAUUUUCCUUCACGUCUCUCUCUGCAUCCAAUUGCAGGUUGCGGUUUGAAAUGAAGGUAUGGAAAGCACGCGAUGACAAAAAUCCUGCAUGUUCUUCGUCAGCAAUGGGAGACCUGUUCCAGCCUCACUGCAACAUCGGAACACGCCAAUCUGUACUAGAG